AUGCAGAGCAUGAACGGCAGCUCAAUGUAUGCUUUAAGAGAUGUCCCAGGGAAGGGCAAAGGCCUCGUCGCGAUCGAAAAUAUCCCCAAAGGCACGCGAAUUCUUUCGGAACAGCCAGUUAUCACGACACCCGAACGCCAACAGGACGAUGAGUGGCUAAAGAGACACAUAUCCCAGCAAGUCGAUUCCCUUAGUGAACACCAACGACAAUCAUUCUUCUCCUUGUACAACCUCUAUCCAUACCAAAAUGUCGCCGAGCAGUCUCUCGGUAUCAUUCGAACGAACGGCCUCCCCAUCGAGGCCAACGGAAUCGAAGGGGGAGUCUUCCUUGACGCCUGCCGCAUCAACCACGACUGCGAUAACAAUGCACAGAAACACUGGAAUCAGUCCAUCAAACGACACACUGUCCAUGCUUUGAGAGACAUUCCCAAGGGCGAGGAGAUCACAAUAUAUUACCUGCGUCUCGAUAGCAACCGCGCAAUCCGCCAAAAAAAACUCCAGGACAAGUUUGGAUUUCUAUGUUCCUGCCGUCUGUGCUCUUUACCAACACAGCAGAGCCAGGAAAAUGAUAAAAGGUUGGAGAGAAUUGCCCAGCUGGAUGAUCUCAUUGGCCGCGACGGUAUGCAGUUGAACUUUUGGCUACGAACCCUUCGCUAUGUUGAUGAACGGGUCCGUCUCUACAAUGAACAAGGACCAGGCAACUCUGGUCUGCCGCGCGCGUACCUCGAUGCCGCUCAAAUUGCUAUCGCCAAUGGUGACUUGGCAAGAGGACGCAUCUUUGCAGAGAGGGCAGUGGAAGGAUGGCGGACGGCCUGUGGCAGUGACAGCAAAGAGGUGAUUGAGCACCGUUCAAUAGCACAAGACCCCGCCAAACUCCAUCUAUACGGACUUUCCAUGAAGUGGAAGACAUCUGAGGAGGAGGUUCCACAGGGACUUGACCCGAACGACUUCGACGACUGGCUCUGGAAGAGAGAGAAGCCAAAGAAGGUUGAGCAAUUGGGACAGUUGACAGAUCUUCGCAACCGCGAGAUCUUCCCUAGCUUCGCUGCUCUCCCAAAUAGCAAUAAGGUUGAUUUAGACUUCUAUGAGAAAGUCGAUGAUACCUAUCAACCGCUACGUCUCUGGUGCUUCCUGGGAGAAAUUGUCGACUCCAUCACGCUUCAUCAUCUAGAGUUGACGCUCACGGAUAUCGACGAUAAGAAAAUCCCACUGCACUUCAAUACUGAUGGCCGAGGCAGAGAAUUGGCACCUGCGCAGAUUCAAAAGGGGCAUACGGUUGCGGUUCUUCAUGCACAACGUCGCGUAUUUAUGUAUGGGGAUCCUGGUAUUGGUCUUGGGGAUCCCCAGAUGCUCAAGAUCUUCCCAGUGUCACUAAAGAAGUUGCUGGAGUUGAACGACCAGGUUCAAAAAUUUUCGACGAAAGUUGAUGGAAUCAGAACGUGCCAUGGGUGCAGCAAGAAGGCAGCCUCCUUGAACCGAUGCGGAAAGUGCCUGUUAUUCUGGUAUUGUGAUAGUGGCUGUCAGAGAACUGGUUGGAGCGAGAGAGGCCACAAGGCUAAUUGUAAGCUGCUAAGAGACCCUGGCUUGCGAGGGUUGUUUUUCCUCAAAUGGGACUAG